UUUUGAUGACUCCACUGUUUAGUAUCAAUGUAGUGAAACUGGAAUGGUGAGAUGGGUAAGGGAACGCCUUAGCCUAGUCACCAGAAGGCUAGGCAGCUACAGGAGGAAGCUGGAGCUGGGAGAAGUACCAAGGCAAGUUGGAGCUAUCGAGAAUUACAUUUUUGCUCCAAUGUCGUCUUAAUCAGCCCACAGAUCCUGCCCCCUUCAGAAGCAUUCCAGAAAUAUUGCAUGAUAAGCUCUGAAAGAUUCAGACAUUUUAAAAGUCAGAUAAUCCAGGGGACGGGUAAAGGUGAUAGAUGCCAUGGCAGAUGUUCCAACACCACCCACAGAAGAGCUACUAACCAGUGCAUUUAUGAAGAAGAUGAAUACACCAACAUCGCAAGAGGAUACCAAUGUGGCUGUCAUAGGAGCUGUCAUUGCCGUGGUUCUCGUCACUCUCCUUUCAGUUGUCGUGCUGAUCGUCAUUUACCUGUACAAGAACAAAGGCAGCUACCGCACCUAUGAACAACCUGCAGCAGAUAGAGAGGGAUCAGUCCAGAUGGAGGACCUCCCCUGUAAAGGUGAAAAGGAGGAAUAUUUUAUAUAGAAGAUAUGAUGUUGCUGUCAGCUUUUGGACACAAAGAUCUUAAGUAAACAGCUUAUUAACAAACUUUUAA